UGAAUGUUUAACAUCAAGUUAGGAUUAUCUUUAUUGUGUAUUUGAGUGGCGGGAAAUAAAUCGUAUCGAUGGCCGACGCAGAUUUGCAUUUUAGACAAAUUGUGCAAGAAUAUCUUGACUUCCUAGACGAUAAUGAUGACCAGUGGAUAUAUCACAAGCGUGUGAAGGACAUGAUUGCUGAUGGCAGAACAAGAUUGCUCGUGAACAUAAAUGACCUAAGGAGGAAAAACCCCAGUAGAGCAUUGAGGUUAUUGCAGAAUGGGUUUGAAGAAUUGAUUGCAUUCCAAAAGGGACUGAAGGAAUUUGUUGAUUCAGUUGAUCAGGUAUUUGGAAAGCAACAUGAAGAGUUGUACAUAGGACUGGAGGGCAGUUUCGGAAGUCAUCAUUUGACACCAAGGACUCUGAAUUCCUCAUUUUUAGGAAACACUGUGUGCAUUGAAGGAAUUGUAUCAAAAUGCUCAUUGGUACGUCCUAAAAUAUCAAGAAGUGUCCAUUAUUGUCCAGCAACCAAAAAGUCGAUGGAGAGGAAAUAUACAGAUAUGACGUCUUUAGAUGCAUUCCCUUCCUCUGGUGUCUAUCCUACCAAAGAUGAAAAUGGUAAUCUUCUUGAAACUGAAUAUGGACUAUCUACUUACAAAGAUCACCAAACGUUCAGUAUUCAGGAAAUGCCGGAAAAGGCUCCUGCUGGUCAGUUGCCGAGGAGUGUCGAUAUUAUAGCUGAUGAUGAUCUAAUUGACAACUGCAAGCCGGGUGACAGAGUUCAGGUGAUUGCUCUGUACAGAUGUCUUCCCAGCAAGAAAAACGGUUUUACCAGUGGCACAUUCAGGACAAUCUUGGUAGCCAAUAACGUACAGCUCUUGAAUAAAGAGCUCCACCCAACUUUCUCUUCCAAGGAUAUCUCGAAAAUUAAAAAAUUUUCAAGACAAAAAAAAAAUGUGUUUGAAAUUCUAUCCAAUUCAUUGGCGCCCACCAUCCAUGGGCAUGAAUACAUUAAGAAGGCCAUUCUUUGCAUGUUGUUAGGGGGUGUGGAGAGGAUUCUUGAGAAUGGAACCAGAAUAAGGGGGGACAUCAACAUUCUACUCAUUGGUGACCCCUCAGUUGCGAAAUCUCAACUUUUAAGGUACGUGUUACAUUCUGCUCCUCGUGCUGUCACAACUACCGGACGAGGAUCAUCUGGUGUCGGGUUAACUGCUGCUGUCACCACUGAUCAGGAAAGUGGGGAGCGUCGUUUGGAGGCUGGAGCAAUGGUCCUGGCCGAUCGAGGUGUUGUUUGCAUUGACGAAUUUGAUAAGAUGUCUGACAUGGAUCGAACAGCCAUUCACGAAGUCAUGGAGCAGGGCAGAGUAACCAUUGCAAAGGCUGGCAUCCAUGCAAAAUUAAAUGCAAGAUGUAGUGUUCUCGCUGCCGCCAACCCUAUCUAUGGCAGGUACAAUCAGUACAAAACGCCCAUGGAGAACAUUGGACUCCAAGACUCUCUCCUAUCUCGAUUUGAUCUUCUCUUCAUAGUUCUUGAUAUGAACGAUCCAGAGAAUGACAGGAUGAUAUCAGAUCAUAUACUGAACAUUCACAAGUUCAGAUCUCCAGCUGAGCAAGAUGGAGAUGUGCUUCACCUCUCAAGCUCGUUGGACUUGCUGACUACGGAGAGUCUGGAUGAGGUGGGAGACGAUGAUGAUGUGCCAAUUUACGAAACCUUCCACACCAUGCUGGGAGGAGUUGCAAAAAAGGAGCAGUAUGUGAGCCUGAAGUUUAUGCGCAAGUACCUCCACGUGGCCCGGGAGAUGAAGCCCCAGAUGACCAGAGAGGCCGCUGACUACAUUGCCGAGGAGUACUCCAAACUCAGAAACAUGGACACCGCACCGGAAGAUGUUGCUCGGACACAACCUGUCACUGCUCGUUCCCUGGAGACGAUGAUUCGAUUGUCCACGUCGCAUGCCAAAUGUCGUCUCUCGAAGACCGUUGAAAUCCAAGAUGCUCAGGCUGCUUUAGAAUUGAUUCACUAUGCUUAUUUCAAAAAGGUUUUGAAGAAAGAUCGCAGAAGGAAGCAUGUGAGUGAUAGUGAAGGAGAAGAUGAAGUGGAGGAGGAGGAAGAAGGCAGUUUGAAACUACAGAAGAGAUCGAAAAGGUCAAGGUUAGGAGAUGAUGACGUUGAAACUGGUAAUGAAAAUGAAGACAAAAACAACGUGGACAACAGAGUAACAGAUUCUAUGACUAGCAGUGCUAUUGCUGAAAAGGAGGAUGAUCAACUAUCUGGAACAAAGUUGCAACGUAUCCGUGGUUUUAUCUUCAAAAAAUUCCAAGCAGAUCACUCUCAAUCAUUGUCUGUAGAUUUAGUUUGGUCCUUUGUUGAAGCACAACAUGCAGCUGAAGUUAUAACUCGAAAGGACUUUGAUAAAGCCAUUCAGCAUAUGCACGAUCAAAAUCAGAUCAUGUUGCACGAACAAACGAUUUACCUAAUUUAAAAUUCUUUGUAGAUUUUGUAUUAAAGACUAAAAUUAAAUAUUUUAGAGACUAUUUUUUAUUUUUGUGAAAGUCUAUGAUGAAACCCUGAGUUCUUUUAUGAUUUUAUUUCAAGGUCCAAGGCCGUUGGAUAACUUAUAGAAUUUUAUUAAAGAAACGGCAACAAAAUAACUUUUCUUUAACAAAACAGUUACAUAAAAUAAUUAAAUAGUAGAUGUCUUAAAUAGAUUAACCGUGAUUUAAAAGUUUUUCUUCCUUCGUCC